GUCGUCCUUUUUCUUCCUCCCUCCCUCUGUCACUCUCGCUCAGUGCUGAAUGAGACGCUGUGUCCGCCUGAUUCCUCAAAUCACUGGUGCUCUGUAAAAGCUGCAGAAAAGCAUGUCUCACUUGAGAUAUAAGCUCUGGGACUAGAAAGAGAGAGAGAGAGCACAUGCAAAGACAGAAAGCCAACAAAGAAAAAGGAGACGAUAACAUGCUGAACUGAAGAGACACCACACAGGGAUUUUCUCAGUUUUACACAUCUGCACAGACGCCAGAAAGUAAAUCUAUACCCAGAGGAUCAAGACGUUUAUCUUAUUCAAACUGAGGUCGCCCCUGUACCAGCGCUGGCAGCAGUAAACUGUACCAGGUCGGCCUGCAGGGACAUGGACAUAUUCCUGGACUUAACUGUGACCGGUAACACCAGCCACGAGACAGGUCGAGAAAAGCUCGAGGGAAGUAAACUGCAUGGACUCAACCACAGCAACCCCCUGGACGUGUUCGUCGGCCUGGAGCUCCUUCUACGUUUCAAGCCUCUCUUCUUGCCUCUCUACUGUCUCGUUGUGGCCGUGGCCGGUGUAGGAAACACCGUGCUGUUGGCUUGCAUCCUGGCCGACAAGAAGCUCCACAACGCCACCAACUUUUUCAUCGGUAACUUGGCGGCAGGAGACCUGCUGAUGUGUUUGAGUUGUGUUCCACUGACCAUGUCUUAUGCCUUCGACAGCCACGGCUGGGCCUUUGGGAGACCUCUGUGCCACCUGGUCCCAUUGGUGCAGUGUGCCACAGUGUUUGCGUCAGUGCUUUCUCUCACUGCCAUCGCCGUUGACCGCUAUGUUGUUGUAGCUCAUCCAGUGAGGAAGAGGAUUUCUGCAUGGGGUUGUGGUGCAGUGACUCUGGGUGUAUGGCUUUUGUCUCUGGCUCUGGCUGCGCCGCCAUCUCUCUACACUCGCUACCUGGACCUUCGACCGAGCGGUAUUGACUUGGUUGUGUGUGAGGAAUUCUGGCCAGAUAGUGGCAAUCUGCGGCUGCUCUAUUCCUGCUUCAUUCUCGUCGCCUCCUAUAUGAUUCCUCUGUUGUCAGUCAGUGUAUCCUACUGUGCCAUAACUGUCAGCCUUAAACACUAUUCAAUACCAGGGGAGUUAUCCAGCAGCCAGCAGCGCUGGAACCAAAAGAGGAGGAAGACCUUCUCUCUGCUGGUCGCUUCAGUGCUGGCCUUUGCACUGUGUUGGCUGCCCCUGCAGGUCCUGAACUUGCUGCUGGACCUGGACCAAGAGUUCCACAUCAUUGGGAAACGCUACAUAAACGUCCUACAGGUCUGCUGCCAUUUGGUAGCGAUGAGCUCUGCGUGUUACAACCCCUUCAUCUAUGCCUCACUGCACAGCAAGGUGCGCAUGCACCUGAGUGGCUACCUGUGUCCUUGCCGCAAACGACAGAGUGACAUGGUGGAGAGAGCGUCAUCCAGGAGUUAACUGCUUCUUCUUCAGCAGCCUCAUACGGAGCCUCAUCUUCACUCAAACACCAACAUCUGAUACAAAUGAAAAUACAACAGCUUCUGGUUACACAUUCGAGCCACUUUGCCCUUUCAGUCUUUGUUUUGUAUUUUGUGACUUUAAAACAUUUAGUCAUCUCUUGUACAGGUUCACCACAUGUAAAUUCUAAGUGAGGUCACUUAUUACAAAGAUGCAGUGUAGUUAAUUAUUGUGAUGUAAAGAUUAACACAGUUGGAUUCCUAUGUUUUGUUGGAAGGCCGAGCUGCUGGUGUCGACAUUAAGCAGAUCCUGUUAGCUCAAAAGGUUCCAACAGGAUAAACAGACGACAGGAGCUCUGUAACAAACGUAUGCUGGGCGUGGUUACACUGAUUACAGGGGGACAUGUUUCACCUGACUUCAGGGAAGUGACCUAACAAUGAACUCUUCUCAGCUGGCAAAAGAAGAUGGAAGAAUAUUUUGUGUCGGCUAAAAAUCUUAUUCUUGUAUCUUAUUCUAUAUCAAUGAUGUCUCUAUUGUAUUACAUAUCACCCAUAGUGUAUAAGAUAAGUUGUAUAAAAUACGCAUUGCCUUUUGUUUUAGCGUCAUUGCGUCGUAUUAUUCACUGUUACUUUGUUGCGCGUUCUAAACUUGUGUGUCAUAGGUGCAAACAGAUCAGUGGCCCUGUGUUUGUUUGUUUGUUUGAUUCUGAGUGGGGAGGAAAAUACGCACAAACACGUAUCAUUGCAGUGCUCUCUGUAAAACUGUGCCAAAGUGCCAAACUCAUAUUGAUGUCACCUGAUGAACAAAGUCUUGUUUUUUUUUUAUUCUGUCUAGAAAACAAGACGGACACAAUGAUCAACUUAAUAUUGCGAGCAUGAAGAAUAGGCCCUGAAGCAUCACUGUCCUGACACCAAUCCUGUUAAGUUCCUACUUUAAGUUCCUACAAUUAACGCUUUCCUUGUUUAUCCAAAGCUGGUUAUAAAGUCUAUUUUUGUUCGGACUUCUUUGUUGAAAGGCUCAUCACUAAACGUAUUCAUGUAAUCUGAAUUACAUUUAAGCCACAUUAAUUCUGUUCAAGCUACAGUUUUCUUUAUAAUUAUUAUCGAUGAUUAAGGCUGAAAUAAUAAUUAUUUUUUUAAAUCAUUGAUGCACGAUGCAUUGCAAAUAUUGCUUUGCAUGGAAAAUUGUCCAUCAGCCUAACACGACUCGCUCAUUUGUUCAAUCAGCUAACUAAGUUUGCAGAUUAUAAAAUACACAGUGUCUUUGGUCAGCCCACUGGAAGCGCUAAAAUGCCCCGUGAAGGUUUAGUGCAAGGUAAUAAAGCCAGAUGCCAACUGUUAACUUUUAGCAUUCAGGUUAUUUUGCUCCCGGCUGCUCAGCAGAUUGAGUUGUAUUGGCUUUUCUCUCUAGGUGAACGUUAAAACUGCAAGGUUCACCUCCACUCAAAGGGAUUUUUUUUGCUCUCAUGCUGAAAAGGUCUCCAAGAUUUAUAGUUUUUUCCUUUAGAUGAGAGGUCAGCUGUUUUUAGAUGAAUUGCACCUUCCUCCGGUGCCCAGUGCCAGGCACUGUGUCACUUAAGUAUUAAAGCCUUUGCAAAUAGGUUUGAACUUUUAGGAAGAGAGCAGAGAAAAAAGGAACAGAAAUACAGACAUCUGUCAGGCAAAAUACCUAAAAUUCACCUUGAGUAGCUCUCCUUGGGAAUAAAAACCUUUGUUAUUGUAAAAGCAAUUUAACCAGGAGAGAAAUGCAAAAGAAAGUAAUUACUCAUAACAAUAUUAAUGUGAUGAUGAAGUCUUAACAGUGCGUUUGGUGCAUUUGAAAUAGGGAAAUACUGAGAUCUAAGGCAUCUGGUCCUGAGCAGCUGCCCAGUUAAUCCUCCACGGAGUCCAGACACUGAUAGUGAUGGUGGCUGAGACUGAUGAAGGAUGAAAAAUGAUUUAUUUGGUGACAGCGAUGGGCAGACAGAGGGUGCCAAUUACAACAGCAUGAAGAGUGGCACUCAACUGGCAGCCUAAAGAAAAUGAGAGUGUGCGUGCAUGAAUAGUUUAUCCGCACGAACGUACGCCAGAGCUUUGUUCCUGUACAUUUACUGUAUGGGUCACCAAAAAUAAAUAAAUAAUGCAACUUUGUCAUUAGGCUUUAGGCACAUCUAAACACUGAAUAAUGACUUGAGUAUCUUCAAAACAUAAGAACACUAAUAUUGGAGUAUAUUAAUAUAGGUUAAAAAGAAAUGUUUUCUUCUUCUUUGUGUAAAUAUAUAGGCAACAGAUGUAAAUUUGUUAUUAAUUAUCUUCUCUUACGGUCACAAACGUGAUGCCUUUUGUGUCGUCAAAAAUUACCUUAAGCCAACGAGACGGCAAUCAUGUCCAGAUUUUCAAUUGUAGAGAUGUGGAGACCUCUGAAUUGUUUUCAUAGACACUUUUGUGUAGACAAACCAGGUCAUCUGUUUCAUAUUAUGGAUAUUAAUUGAUAUGCAAAUUUGAAUGUUUCCCCUGAUGCAAGGGUGAGUGGUUUCUGGCAACAGCUUUUGUGUUUCACAAACAAAGCAAAAUAAUGCAGCUAUGCUUGUCAAACAUAAAUACAUGUAUUUCAUAUCCACACAUGUUGGUUUAUGUCUGUAAAUUAAAACCAAACAUUUUUAUUCUUUAUUUUGUAACUUUUUCACCUGGUGACACUUUACAUGACAGUACAGUAACAACAGAGUUAUGGUUAAUAAUAUAUAUUACUAUGGUAAUUACUAUCUUAUGCCUAAUGCCAUUUUCAGAUUGAUAAUAACAACAGUAAUAUUGUUGUAAUAAGGAGAAUAUAUAAGUAAAUUCCAAGUAAUGUAUUUGUAUUACUGUCUCACAAUACAAUGCUUGGGAAUCAGAAUUAGUAUUUGCCAUAUUAUCAUAAUAUCAUACAAAAAUGUAUUCUCUCUUCCAUGCUGCACCCGUUUCUAUUUGUUAUUACCAAGCUUUUAUUUGGUGAGUAGUAAAG